UUCACACUUGUUACAAAUAAAUGAUCUAAAUAACUUUAACUAAACGUUACUUUUAAUUAUCACUCGCUACAUUACUAACAGUGAUAUUGUUUGGAGGACUAUGUCAAUAUCAGCGAUGCUCGUCAACAAAUAAUAUUCUACAUUGAAGUCAGACAGCUUCAGAUUAAGGAUGAUUCUACUUGAAGACCACAUGCUUAUCACUUACACUUGGUGCGGUACCUGCUUUAGUUGGACAGAGACCUGGGGAAAGAUAAAAAUCUCCCGCGUACCUGCCUACUGUUACCUGCCACCCCAAAAGGUGCAUCUAGAGGUCUUAUUUCCCAGGUCUUGUGACAAGCUUAUGUUCUACGACCAUCUACUGGAAAAGUGACAUGACUCAGAAAAUACUCUUCUCCAGUACAGACGUAUACUUGAUUGUUGAACUAUAGCAGCAAUCAAAAACCACAUGCAGUUUUCAUGUGAAUCUUUGCGGUUUAUAGUUGUGUGUGAGUUCUGAAUGUUUGUGUUUGCCUGUUUUGUCAAUUCCUGCUGGUUAUCAAGUCAUGCCACGUGGAAGAGAUGUCAGCAACAGCUGUUGCCUCCAACUGCACCUAAAUGAGGACAAUGCCCGUUUUGGCUUGUUGGCAGCUUUCAUCUUACUCUACCUGCUGUGUGGGGCAGUUGUGUUCUCGGCUCUGGAGCAUCCCUCUGAACUGCAAUCCCAGAAACUCUGGGAGGAACAACUGGCCAACUUCACAGAUCAAAACAGCAUCAACCUGAACUCACUACAGGACCUGCUCAGGCAAUAUGAGGAGGCCUUCGUGGCUGGGAUUCGAGUAGACAAACUUAGGCCACGCUGGGAUUUUUCUGGGGCGUUUUAUUUUGUUGGAACGGUGGUGUCCACUAUUGGUUUUGGCAUGACCACUCCCGUCACCAUCGCAGGUAAGAUCUUUCUGAUAUUCUAUGGACUCCUUGGUUGUGCAGCAACAAUCCUCUUCUUCAACCUCUUCCUGGAGCGCAUCAUCACGAUGUUGGCCUACAUCAUGCGUUGGUGUCACGAGCGCCAACUGCGCCGCUCUGGCGUGGGAGGAGUGGAAUCCAGGAGUGAGGACGACAGUCUGGAGGGUUGGAAACCAUCGGUUUACUACGUGAUGCUCAUUCUAGGCAUAGCUGCCUUGCUGAUCGCCUGUAGCGCUUCGGCUUUGUAUUCUGCCAUGGAAGGCUGGGACUACUUUGAAUCCCUGUACUUCUGCUUCGUGGCCUUCAGCACCAUUGGAUUCGGAGAUCUUGUGAGCAGCCAGAGGGAAAGUUAUAAGGCUCAGGAGGCCUACCGCUUCGGCAACUGCCUCUUCAUCCUUAUGGGUGUGUGUUGCAUCUAUUCUCUGUUUAAUGUUAUUUCCAUCAUCAUCAAACAGACACUUAACUGGAUCCUGGGUAAACUGGAAUGCAACAGGUCUCGCCGUCCGUGCCGUGGCCAUCCGUACAGGAGACGGGGUCGGGCCUGCUGCUGCUGCUGUUUCCCACGCAUUCCCAACCAACGAAACAAUCACCACCCGCCACCCGGAAACUCCCGACAGAGGGGUCAAAAGCGCAAUGCGGUGCACCCUGCUCCCGCCGAAAAAAUGGCGGGAAAACGCUUUACUAAUGCAUCAGUGGAAACAGUUUGUGACAGUGAGACGGAGGCUGGCUUAGGACCAGAUGGAGGUUAUCUGACGGGGCGCAGACUGUCUGGAGAAAUGAUCUCAGUCAAUGACUUUAUGGCCAACAAGGUUUCUCUGGCCAUUCUACAGAAGCAACUCUCAGAAACUGCUCACGGUAAUCCGAGACAAAGCCAUGUUCGCCACAACGGCUUCUCUGGUGGAGUGGGCGCCUUUGCUAUCAUGAAUAACCGCCUUCAGGAGACAAGUGUUGACAGGUAGCUCGUAUAUACAAAGGUGAUGUUGUACAUUAUUUCUAUGUAAAGACAUUUAACUAUUGUAUAUAAAAAUUUAGUAUUUUUAAGAUGUAAAUGAUGCAGUGCAUACAAGGUAUACACUUGAAAAGUAAGGGAUCGAACCCCAAACUUGCUGUUGCUAGCAUCGUGCUACAUUAGCAGGUUUACUAUUGUAAUAUACAGUACAGAGCAAAUAAGAUUAAAUGGCUAAUUGACUUCAGUGUGUCACAAAUACAGUGAAUAUUAUGUUAUAUUAAGAUAAUGCUGAACAUAAAUGGUUUCAUUCUUACAAGGAGACAUCUAUCCUUUAUAAACAAAGCAUGGGAUUUUAAUAGUGACAUCUCUUCUCUGAGUCACUUUGAUGCUGAAGUGAUUGGCCGGUGUGGUGAGCAAUCACACUGAGCCUUUAGAGAGAUCCUUCAACAGCUCUCCACGAAAACAGACUGAUUUUCAAGAGCAGGACAGAUGUAGCCAUGCCACUUACAAGAAAACAGUCCCGGUGGAAAAAUUACAAGUGUCAAAUAAGAGAGAUGGUUAGUAGUACUAUUCAUUGUAUAAUUGUUUCUAUCACACCGCCGUCUGUGUUGAUUGUCCUAAGAAGGAUAUUAUCUAAAAUGAAUACAAAUAUGUGUAAAUAGCUAAAUAGAUGUUUGACGUAUUUGGGGAAAAUGAUCCAUUAAAACCAAUAAGUUAUGUACAGUAAAUAAUAACACACAAUAUUUGUAGAUACAUUGUAUAGGUUUUGUAGAUACUGUAAUGUACCUAUAUUGUACAUACACAUUUUGGUAUUUAAACUUUGUGUUACAAAUAUAAUAGCAACUUGUUUUAUUUAUUCUAACAUACUCUUUUAUUUGUUAAUGCAGCUUACGUCAUUUAACACAUUGUUUUGGUGAGCUUUUUUAAUUUUGUUGCAGAGGUGUUUUGAGUGACGCACUGACGUUACAGAUGUCACGUUGACGUCAGUAUUAAUACUAGGGUUUGCAGACGCAGAGGGUACUUAAAUGGGCGUUACACGAGGGGUGUCUUUUUGCUGCCCCCCUGAGGAUGACACUGGUAAUGGUUGGUAUUUUUCUUAAGGUGACAUCUGUGCUCAACCACAUACACACGAAAAUGUAUGACUACUACAGUUACAAAAGUCUG